AUGAAGAUUGCCUUCUUUGGAGCGACUGCAGCUGCGCUGCUUGCUGCGGCCGAUGCCGCCUCGAACGUCACUACUGGCAGAGGCUCACCCGGCUGCGGCAAACGGGUUCCCAAGACUGGCGGUAACGAUUUUACGCCCAUGUUUGAUGUGGAUGGCGUAAACCGCAUGUUCAGGACCUACACGCCUUCUCAGUACGACAAGGAUACGCCACAGCCGCUGAUUCUGGCGUUCCAUGGCACUGCCAAAACCCAGCAAUCGCUGACUCUGCAGUCUCAAUUUUCUGACAAAAGUGUCAACCGCAACAUGAUGGUUCAGUACAUGACAGCUUACAAGGGCCGCUGGUAUGGCCCGAGCCACGCCUACCCGGAGGCGGAUGACCUGCGGUACACCGAAAUGGCCCUCGAACAUCUCAUGAAUAACUAUUGCAUCGACGUGGAUCGCGUGUACCUCGUUGGACACACCGGUGGCGCUGGGUUUGCCAACAUCCUGGCCUGCGACCCCCGAUUCAGCCGCCACUUUGCCGGCAUGGCGCUCAUGGCGCCCACGCUGUAUCGCGACCUGGAUGACGACUAUUGCAAGCACGCCAACGUACCCAUGCCCAUUCUGGAGGUCCACGGGAACAACGACGGGACGUCUCCGUACUGGGGCCUCCCGAACCGCGUCGUCGGCGCCACCCCCGCGAUUCCUGACUGGGUCCGACGCUGGGUGCGCCGCAACGGCUGCGACCCUACACCGAGAAAGACCAAGCUCGUCAUGGGCGAGGAUGUCUUAUCCGACAAGUAUACGUGCCAUGGACACUUUGGCUUCGUGGAGCACAUCCGGGCUAUGCGACAUGGCUACAACUGGAUGACCAAGCACGACGUCCUGGACAUCUCCCCCAUCAUGAUAAGCUUCCUCAAUUCGCACAUUAGACCAGGCAACAUGUCUAUCCCUCUGGACGACAAGGGCAACUUUACCUGCUUGGGCGGCUACACGCCCCCGGCUGAUUGGCCGGGCCAUGCCAAUUUCACAAGCUCGGCCAACUCGACCAUCCCCGGAACUUCGACCAGCUCAGGUAAAAGGACUGCCACACACAGCUCUACGACUCACGGCUCUACGGCUCACAGCCCUCCGCCUCACAGCACCUACGGCAGCACGCACACGAUUCCUAGUGGUAUCACCAGCUCUACUGAUUCCGCUCAGCCAGGUAGCUCCAAGGAGACCUCUACUGGCUACUACGACAGACCCUCCUAUCACCGAGGAGGCUAA